AUGCCAAAGAAGAAGGCCUGUGAGCAGAUUCCCAACGAAAUCUGGAGAAUGAUCCUUGAGUGGGUCAUCGACAGUCUCCUUCUCUUCUCCACCGACCCAUUCGAAUACGAUUGGCACCCCGAGACGCGCCGAGGUGAUUGGACCUGCGUGAUGCACAUCGUGGAUCCAGACACCAAGGAAAUCUGGUGGGGGAUAAAGGAUCGUCCUGCAAUGUCUCAGUUUCGGGCUACGAGGGCGAAACUGAGACUGGUGUGCAAAGCAUGGAAGACCUUUGCCGACUCUCCCUCAGUCGAGCAUCGGUGCAUGCGUCUAUGCAUGGCUAGCACAGCAACAGAUGUUCUCAAGCCUUCCACGAUCCUCAAGGCUAGACGACUCGAGGUUCUCAACAGCCCAGCUGAAGGCGCUGUGGGACUCAUAGCCUCAACAAUUGAGCAAGCCAAGACUUUCAGCACAGAAAUCAUCUUGGAUACAGGGGGCAUGUUUACAUCUGAAAUUCUUUCCAACCGUCAGCACCUCUUUCCACAUCUGAGGGUGCUCUUUCUCGACCUGUCUGAAGACGAUAUACCAAUUGCUCAUAUCCAAAGUUUCGACUCGCUACUAUGCAAACUAGAAUGCUUGACGUGUCUCAUCAUGCACGUUGCCCCGUUCUUUCCUCUUCCCGACCAGGGCCUGCUUCGGCUUCCACACCUGCGUACCUUGAGCAUUACCUGUAUAGGCGGGUUGGGUGAACUGUACAUGGACGCUUGGGUUCUACCAUCCUUAGAGCACCUUGAACUAGGCGUACUUCCAGAGCCUACAGAGUCCCAGCGCUUUCUUCACCGACAUGGCCACAACCUACGAUAUCUCUCGCUACACUGUCCCCGGUUGCUGUAUCUUGGUUACCCCCUCUCCGUUCUGUGGAGAAAUCUAGAUCUACAAAGUACACAUCCACUUCUCCGACUGGUCAAUACUUCGUACCGGAUGUCGUACACUGGUUUUAGUCCCUUGCACUUUUUCGCUGACGUGAUGCGCUUCUGUGCAUCCACUCCGCGACUCCAAACCAUUACCGACAGUCACUCUUGGCUAUCUGUGCUCCCCAUGGUUGACCAAGAUCCCGACGAAGUAGAAGGGGAUGUGACACUGGAUAGCCAUCUGUUCCAAACUCGCAAAUUUGAUAUUCAGUCGGCACAAGCGAUCUAUAUCCUGGCUUCCAAACUCGACUCACUCGGAAUCAGAUACGAAGACGGAGAUUCAUUGACCGUAGAUCAAGGAAGAGAAAAGCAGGAAGAACUCUCGCGCGACAAUAAACGGGCUCGCGCUUGA